AUGGCGCCGCUGCCUCGUUGGAGCUGCUCUCGCCGCGCCCAAGCUCCGUCACCUGCGAGCACCCACUUGGGAUUGAACGAAUCCUCCGCCCGCCUCCAGCGCCGUGCGGCUACUCCCCCAUGCCCGUCGCACCGCGCCCCGCGCCGGGCCUGCGCGUGUGCGCCCGACGUGCUGCUCGGCCUCGCCGGAUCCGCCCCGCUUCAGAUGUUGCGCCCGCACGCCCGCCUUCGCCUCCACCCAUGGACAGGCUGCCUGCGCCAUUGCCCUCCUGCGCGCGAAGGCCCCUGCCGCGCAGCUGCGCGCCCCAAGCCGCGCAGGGCCGCUCGCUCCGACUCCCGCUGCGCUGCGCGGACGCCGCUUGGGGCCUUCUCGCGUGCGCCCGGCUGCAGCCGGCUGCCUAGGCCGCUCGAGCGCUUUCGCCCCCGCCGCCUGCACUCCUCCGCGCCCCCGAGCUUCCGGCCGCCUCCCCGCGCUGGCCCUGCCCCAACGCCUUCUCGCCUAGCCGGCCUCGCGCAUCCGGCUCCUCCCCGCCACUCGGUGCCCCAGUGGCUCCCUGCUCCGACUGCCGCGUGCCCGCCGGCUCCCGCGCCGACUGCAGCAGGCCCGACCGGCUCUCCUUCGAUCCGUGGCCGGCUCGUCGCUUAG